AUGGCAUCGCCAUCCCGCCGAGAGCGGGCCCAUAGCGAUAGAGCUCAAGCAAUUCCCAUGGCUCAACGACCUGCUAUGGGAGUUCGGACUACCUCGGCUCCAGUGGGGGGACUGUACAAAUUGGAUGCGCGGAAACCCGGGGGGUCAGUGAACACUUUGGUGGAGGAGGAUGAGGGAUCUCCGACUGCCGACGAGACCCGCAGAAUCCGGCAGAGCGAGGACUCCAAAGCCGGGUUCCCUGAAGUGACGAUUGCCGUGGUGGGCGAGGAGAAUGCGGGCAAAAGCAGCUUCGUCCGAUGUGCAUUGGAUAUGAAGAGCUCGCCCGUCGCUCCCUCGAACAAGAAGAAGAUGUCGCUAGACGGGUCAGUCUACAUCGUGCGGCUACUGGAAGUCGACUUGACUCGGGUUCAAUUCGACCGAGAGAACAAUGUCCUGUGGCCUCAGACAGGACGAGACAGGACUGCGCCAGUCAUUGAUGGAGUAUUGGUUUUACACGAUGCCACUAAACCCGACAGGCUUGCGCUCACGACCAACCUCAUUUACUCCUUGGAAAAAUCGACUCUGCCGUUCUUACAGGUUGGCUGCAAGUGUGAUGUGCACCCAGAGCCUCUGGAAGAAGCAGUGGAUGCAAUUCAUGACCGAUACGAGAUUUACCGCACAUCCUUCUCCUCGCCCCGAUCACAACGAAUGUGUAUUGCAUUGGUAUUACGGGCGGUGAUCUCAACUCGAGAUCUCGAUCCCCCCCCUCGAACGACCACCAAAUCCUUCCCUUCCGAAAAUCUCACCAAAUCCGAAACUCUCUUCACAACCCCAACGCUUCCAGAUCAAUGUGUCGGAGGUGAUCGCUCCUCCGACCACUUGAAUAGUGAACCGCCAACCCCAAGUUCUACCCAUUAUGAACGUAACUCGCAAGCGUUGCGACCGCAAACUCCCCCUGGAGCACGUUUGAAUCAGCGCAGACCAUCAGCACAAGAGAACAACUCCCCGAGUCACGACAGUCGUCAGCAGCGACUGCAUUCCGCCUGGCGACAUAGCGGGGGAUCAGACGCCUUUAACAGCUUUUUAAAUAUGGAGGACGAGAUCGAUGAUGGACCAGCCCGUCCCCCGAGUCCCGAUGCCAUAGUGCGACCAAAACCGAGCAGCGAGAGCAAUUCUUCCAGCGCCGAGACAGGCUUAUCUUUCGACGAGCUCGUCGACCGCUUGAUCUCGCUACCAAUGUCAAAGCAAGAACAGAAGUUCGGGUCCAUCUUCCUAUGUCUAUACCGCAAAUUUGCAGCCCCAGGAACCCUCUUGGCUGCCUUGAUCAAUCGAUUCGAGCGAAAUGAGCAGAGCAAUGUUGACCAGCUUGCCCGCAUGGCAGACCAGCUACGCUUGCUCGACGUUAUGGCCCAAUGGGCCUCAGAAUACCCAGGAGAUUUCGCCCACCCUAAACUUCGCAAGCGCAUAAUUGACUUUGUUUCUACGCUUGAGAAGAGCCACUUUUAUAUGUUCGCCGCUAAGGAAAUUGGGUCGCAGUUGGAUUGUAAUGCCGAAGACGACGAUGUUGGCUGGGCCUUCGGGGGUGAUAGCGACCCCGAUGAUGUGAGUCUCACAGAGACAUUCUUCGACCACUCGGGCCGCAGUUCCCCAGCACCUGUUCAUACAAGUCUGAACAUUGGCACGGGCACAUACGAAGAUGAGGAAGAACAGGAUCCCAUAUAUAGUAUGAGUGCAUUGGAUCUAAGCGAUGGCCCGCAAGACUCUACCUCCCGACUUUCUGGCUCUCUCUCGGUUUCCUCUACUGCCGACAAACCCAAUACCACGACCAACCAGUCAUUCACACUUCUCAGUCUUGAGGCAGCUCAAAAGGAAGCCUUGCGUCUCGACUUGUGUCCCAAAUCUCCACUCAGCAAACUCCAAUGGCGAUUCUUCAUGGAAACGCCCGAUGAGGAAUUUGCUCGAGAGUUGACGCGCAUUGACUGGAUCAUGUACAACUCGUUCCGGCCGCGUGAUCUGGUCCGUCAUGUCAGCCUUUCAGGCAUAGACAAAGAUAAGAUCAAGAGCCUGACAAACGUCAACCGCAUGAUCAAACAAUUCAACAACCUCGCAUUCUUCGUAGCGAGCAUGAUCCUCCUACGAGAUAAACCCAAGCACCGUGCGAAAGCAAUGGAAAAAUUCAUGAACAUCGCAGUGAAACUCCGCCGCCAAAACAACUAUAACUCCCUGGGUGCCGUGAUUGCCGCCAUAAAUGGCACCCCAGUCCACCGUCUAACGCAGACCCGCGAACUGAUUCCGAUUCCCGCUCAGAAGGAGUUCAUGCGCUUGGUUAUCCUGAUGAGCACACAAAGGAGUCACUUCGCCUACCGCCUCGCCUGGGAGAACUCAUUCUCCGAGCGAAUUCCCUUCCUUCCUCUACACCGUCGCGACCUUGUCUCGGCCGAAGAAGGCAACAAAACUUUCGUUGGCGAGAACAAAUCUCGCAUUAAUUGGAAAAAGUUCGAGGUUAUGGGUGAGGUUGUUCUGGGUAUCCAACGUAGCCAGAAGACUCCUCACCCCCAGGCGCAGAAGUUCGAUGAUGUCGAACGAAUGCUCCUAGAAUCAAAACUCUCCGGGGACGAAGAGGACUUGUAUGCCCGCAGCUUGCACGUCGAACCGUCCUCAGGAUCUGAAGGCCGAAAGAAGUUCGGCUGGCUACGCUCAUAG